CUGGGAUUCAUCUCCUCUGACGGUUCUUGCCUUUACUUAGCUGCUAAGUAAAAUCUCUACAGGAUUUUCCUAUUCGUUCAUAGCAGUGUACAAGUAGCCUAUAACGCAAACAACAUAAACAAAGCGCUCUCUCUCCUCUCUCUGCAAAUAGCAGUCCUGCCUCUGAAAGGCUGUUUCGCGGAAGCUCUAUCGCUUGCCUUUACUUUGUAUCCAAAAACAACAAAGAAAGCAAGAAAUGCGGCAUCCGCUGCAGGGCACCAAACUGCCAACGUCGUCCGCUGGACCGAGCAAUGUCAGCUUGCUUCAGUCAGCUGCAGCAGCCGUCCUGCUGCACAACGCCACACGUCAUGCCGUCGUCCUUGCUGCUACUGCAGCAGCUGCUGCCGGCGACCAAGACAGCAGCAGCGCAGCGCGCGCUUGGAUCCCCGACAUCAUCCGUCGCAUCGCCAGCUUCCUGCCACCUAACGAGGUGGCCUGCAGCCUGCGUCUAAUGAACAGGAACGCAGCAGCCGCCCUCAGCGGUCCGCAGCACAGCACCGUUCGGCUGUCGCAGCCCUCCCCGCCGCACGCCUUCGCCCAGCGCUGGGGCACACCGGGCGCCGUACAGGGCCUCGAUCUCUGUCAGCAGGGGCAGCUGCUGCGCCUAACAGCAUGCAGUGGCGAUAUCGCCAACCUGGCAGUAGCAGUGCAGGCCGUACGGCGGGAGAGUCCAGGAGGGGAAGUGGAGAACUUGUGUGAGGGGGCCCUCGAGGCUGCAGCGGAGGCAGGGCACCGACACAUCUGCGAGUGGCUGCUGACUCGCGGCUGCUGCCGGUGGACAACAGACGUUGUGUAUGCGGCCCUCCGGAAGGGCCAAGCGGGCCUUGUGUUGUGGCUGGUGCGGCGCAAGGAAAGGCAUGGGCUUGAUUCUAGACUCAACUAUGUUGACCUAUUGACGGCAGCUGUGCACGGCUGUGACCUUGCCACAGUGCUGCAGCUGCGGGCGAGACUGAUUCAGCUUCGAAAGGUGCGGCCGGACCCGUGGAAUUCCGACGGUUACGACAUUGUUAAGAGCGCCGCACGAAGCCCCACUGCUGACUGGCAGGCCAAGUUGGAGUGGUCGCGGGCGGAUUGCCGCCUCCAAAAGACCAGCGAUGCUUGUGAGGGUGCUGUGGAAUGCCCCGACGCUGUUGCGCGCCUGACCUGGCUGCGAGACAAUGGCUACCCACUUCAGUCAGUCCCUUACCGGUUGUUCGGCUUUUUUGUCGAACCGUCUUACUCACGCCUCGUCAGCGCAGCUGUGUCAGUGGGCAAUGUGGAUGCCGUACGGUUCCUGCUGGACGAGGGGGCCGCCAUGGGUUCCAGCGAGGCCAGGCAUGCGGCUACAGCAGGCCACCUUGGGGUGUUGCAGCUGCUGCAUGCGAGGGGAUGCAUCUCGAUGGAGGUGCGCAACAACAACCCAGGCCUCCUGGGGGUCCUCCGCUGUGCCGUACAAGCACGCCAGCCGCAUGUGGUGCAGUGGGUGGCAGGGGUGCCGGGGGUGGCGGGGCUGGCGGGCCGGCACUCGGACGAGCUGCUGGAGAUUGCGAUCCGAAAGGAGGACUACCCGCUGAUGGCCCUGCUGCAUGAGGCAGGGACGUCUUGGGAGUUCCAUCAUUUCAUGCGAGCCUAUCAUUUGCAAUUCCCAAGGAUGAUGGAGUGGCUUGCGGAGCACGGCUGCCCCAUGGUGGUGCACCCAAUACAGUCCGUGGAUGAUAGCAUGUAUGCGCUGGCGGGUAAGCUCGGGGACACGGCCACACUGCACCUCCUGCGGCGGCUGGGCUGCCCCUGGCAGGGCCCGGACACCUUCACGUGGUGUGUGCGCUCGGGCUGCUGCCUGCCCGUGCUGCGGUGGCUGCGGAAGGAGGGCUGCCCGGUGGACUGGGAGGCGGCGGUGGGGGCGGUGCAACCGCAGCAGCGCGGCGGGGAGGUGGAAAGGUGGUUGUGUCGGAAGCAGGACCGGGGGCAGAAGAGACGGCGGGUGUGAGGAGGCGGGCCGGGAAGGUUGUGAGGGAUGUGGAGGGUCCGGGUAGUGGCUGCUGGACCCCCUGGGGCAGGGGCGUGUGAGGACAGCGGGGGAGUGCACCAUGCAUGUAUGUGUAGGUGAGGUGGUAGGGGGGCAGGGUUGAGUUCAUUGAUUGCCGUACCGGUACCCUCCGGAGCGCGUAGGGGCACUCGCAUAUGUGUUUGGUUGCGUGUGACUACUGCGUGAAGAGGCGGGACAGGCACAGGAUACCGGUUACCAGUACUGCUGACGCAUGGGCAAGGUGUGCAGGACGUUAUGGAGGGGGGGGGCAUUCGGCUUAACGGUUGAUUUCGGACCGUGUGAUGCGAUGGUCCACGGGUGCGCCACAGCGCCCGGCGGCCCCGUUCAGCUGCACCAUGCCAGCAAGGACAGCAACCUAGCGGUAUCAGCAGCAGCGCACGGUAAGACUGCUGGUACGGUAUGUGUCAGGCUUUGUCGCACAGUGCGUUCGUACGUGUUGGGCUUUCCGUAGGUUGAGCUUCCGUAGAUUGGUCCUCAGGAGCUGUUGCCGCUAGCUCUUUGCCGUACGGCGUAUGUUCGAAGGAGUGAAAAAGGCGCCAUGCGGUGGGAGAGCAGCCUGCGGCGCACUGGCUCCACGUGCUGCUUAUACUGGUAUCGUGAGGAGUUGCUGAGAGUGCUAGCUGCUAAUAUGCUCGCAUGGCUCCAGAAGCGCAGUAGGGGCGCGGACUAGGGUGCGGGUGAGGAGACGGAGAAUGAGGAAAAUGGUUGGGAGAAGAUGGAAAAUGAGAACGAUGGUUAGGAAGUGGCGGAGGACGAGAACAACGAGUUGCGACCAGUUUUCUUAACACACAGACACACACUCGCGGCGACACUCGCUUCGCC